CACGUGUUGAUUCGCGUAUUUUGGUGCAUCGGUGGCACCGCAAAUUAACGCGUGAGGUGAAAAAGUGACCAUGUCUCGCCGCGUCGAACUGUCCCAGCUGGUGGAGCUGCAACGGCAACCGGACCACAUCCGGAACAUUUGCAUCCUGGCGCACGUGGACCACGGCAAGACGACGCUGGCGGAUUCGUUGAUUGCGAGCAAUGGGAUCAUUUCGCAACGGUUGGCCGGCAAGCUGCGCUAUCUGGACAGCCGGCCGGACGAGCAGGAGCGGCAGAUUACGAUGAAGAGCAGCAGCAUCGCGUUGCAGUAUGGGGGGUGUUUGGUGAAUUUGAUUGAUUCGCCGGGGCACGUGGACUUUUCGAGUGAGGUUUCGACGGCGAUUCGGCUUUGCGACGGGGCGAUUAUUGUGGUUGAUGUUGUUGAGGGCGUUUGUCCGCAGACGAGGAUAUGUUUGAGGCAGGCGUACCAGGAGAAGCUGGAGACGGUGCUGUUGCUGAACAAGUUGGACCGGUUGGUGCUGGAGAAGCGGAUGGAUGCGGCGGAGGCUUAUCGUCAUUUGACGCAGGUUCUGGAGCAGGUCAAUGCCGUGGUGGGGAACAUAUUCGCGUCGGAUGUGCUGGCCAAGGAAGUCAUUAGUACGAAGGAUCAGAUAUCGGCGCUUGAAGACACGGAUGAUUCGAGGAUUUAUUACACUCCGGCAAAUGGAAAUGUUGUGUUUGGAUCCGCGCUGGACGGUUGGGGAUUUACGCUGAAGACCUUCGCCAAAAUGUACCAGGACAAGCUGGGCGUUCCGCCGGAUCAGCUCGAACAGGGCAUGUGGGGCGAUUACUUCUACAGUCCUAAAAAGAAGACCAUCGAAAAGGGCGCCUACGAGAAGGGUCGAAAGCCACUGUUCGUCCAGCUGGUUCUGGACAAUCUGUGGAACAUUUACGACCUCGUAGACAACCGAGACCCCGACAAGCUCAAAUCAAUUUCCGAAAAGCUCGGAAUCCCACAAACGGCACGUGACCUCAAGCACGCGGACAUCCGAAUCCCCAUCCGGAACCUGCUCUCCCAGUGGCUCCCCAUCGAAUCCUCCCUGCUCGCCCUCAUCCUCCAAAUCGUCCCAAACCCCCGCCAAAUCCCGGAAUCAAAAGCGGAAAAACUUCUCUGCUCCCGCAUGGAAGACUUCCGAACCUUCCCCGCCCAAACCCAAGCCCUCAAGCAGGACAUUCUGAAGUGCGACUCCGCCGCCCCCAACCUCAUCGUGUUCAUCUCGAAAAUGUUCCCGGCCGAUCGGAGUGCCUUCCCGGGUUCGGUGGUCGAGUGCUUCUCGCGGAUGGCGCUGCUGGAUUCGGCGGAUGGAGAUAGUGAACAAGCGGAUGAAGCGUUCCUGGCGUUUGCGCGCGUGUACAGUGGGACGUUGCGGCGCGGAGAUAAAGUGUACGUGAUUGGGCCGAAGCACGAUCCGAAGAGUUUGGCGCUGGACGAGGGGUUCAAACUGGAGGAAUCGCCGCACAUUGCGCAGGUCGAAAUCGACCACCUCUUCGUUCUGAUGGGCCGCCAGCUGGAACCGGUCGAUUCCGUCCCUGCAGGCAACAUCGUCGGCAUCGCCGGCCUCCAGAACCACGUGCUCAAAACGGCCACCCUGUCCAGCACGCCGUACUGUCCACCCUUCGUAGACCUGCCCCAGAUCGCGACUCCGAUCCUGCGAGUCGCUGUUGAACCUCGGGACAUCCAGAACAUGCCACGGUUGGUGCGCGGGUUGAAGCUGCUGAACCAGGCGGAUGCUUGCGUUCAGGUAAGGAUUCAGGAGAGUGGCGAACACGUGCUGUUGACGCUUGGAGAGGUUCAUCUGGAGCGGUGUAUUAAGGACUUGGUGGAAUCGUACGCGAAGGUUGAGUUGAAUGUGUCCAAGCCGAUUGUGCCGUUUAAGGAGACGAUUGUGAAGUUUGUCGGGACGUCCGAGGAGAACCCGGAGGAAGAGUUGGCGAAGGAGAGGGAGAGGGAGAAAACCGUUACGAUUCACGUGCCGAGCAGGCAGAGUUGUGUCAAGCUGGUGGCGAUUCCGUUGCCACAAGAGGUGAUUGAGCUGCUUGAGGGUAGUGAACCGAUCUUGAAGGCGCAUGCUGCCGCGCAGGAUUCUAGUGAGGUGUCGCAGGUUCUGCAGGAUUCGCUGGUGGAGUUGAAGGGCAAGCUGAGCAAGUUGUUCAGCGAAGCUGAGCUUGAAGAGUUCAACGAAUCAACGGUUGACAAGAUUUGGAGUUUUGGACCGAAAAAGUGCGGAACGAACAUUCUGCUGAACCACUCCGAUUAUCAGCAUUCUCCCAUUUGGAACCUGAAGAAAUCGGAACGAACCUCCAACGACUUCCGCAGCAAUUACGAGUCAUCCUUCGUGAACGGCUUCCAGCUGGCCAGUUUGGCCGGUCCGCUCUGCGACGAACCGAUGCAGGGAGUUUGCUUCGUCGUGCUCGAAUGGACCGCCCUCCCGACGAUCCAAGAAGAAGACCAAACCACAACCACCGUCGUAUCCCACGGCCCGCUCUCCGGUCAGAUCAUGUCCGCCGUUAAGGAAGGUUGCAAGCGCGCCUUCCAGAACCAACCCCAGCGCCUGGUCCACCCCAUGUACAGCUGCAACAUCACCGUCAACUCGGACGUUCUCGGCAAACUGUACGCGGUCCUCGGCCGUCGCCAUGGCCGCAUCCUCUCGGCGGAUCUCAUCGAGGGCAGCGGGCAGUUUGACGUGAGCGCAGUCAUCCCGGUCAUCGAGUCGUUCAACUUUAGCACGGAAAUUCGCAAGCAAACAUCGGGCCUGGCGAUGCCCCAGCUCGUGUUUAGUCACUGGGAGAUUGUGGACAUUGAUCCGCACUGGGUGCCCACGACGGAGGAGGAGUACGAACAGUACGGCGAGAAGGCGGACUUUACGAACGUGGCCAAGGUGUACAUGGACUCGAUACGGGAGCGGAAGGGAUUGGCCGUGGAGCGCAAGACGGUUGAGCACGCGGAAAAGCAGCGGACGCUGUCGAGGAAUAAGUAGAGUGGCGGUGGUUGUUUGACGAGGGUUAAUUUAGCAAAUAAAU